AUGGCUGCGGUGGCGCGCGGGCCUGCGAUGGCGCCGGCGGCCGUGCCGGGCGCGAGGGCGGCGGCGGAGGAGAUGCGGUGGCGGCAGCUAGACAGCGGCGUGAGCGCGGUGUCGUUCGGGUUUGUGGCCACCGCCAUCCUCGUGUCCAUGUUCCUCGCCAUGGCCAUCCUCGAGCACUUCCUCCGCCCCCCCGCCCACGCGCCCGGGCCCGGGCACGGGCACGCGCCGCCCCGGGGGAUCCUGCGCCGCCUCCGCCUCUUCCUCGGCCGCGGCGGCGAGCGCGGCGCCGCCCCCGGCGCGGAUCUCGAGGCGGCGAGGAAGCUCCAAGGCCACGCGUCCCUCGAGAUACCUGUUUACCCCAAAGGCGUCUCAGUUCUGAUGCCGGGGCAAGACAUGCCAACGUUCAUCGCGCAUCCUGCCCCUGCUCCCUGCCCCCCAGAGAGGAUCCGAUGGCCAUCACACCAGUCCCCUCCUUUCACUGGUUCCUCGUCCAACCCUAGCUAG